CAUUUUUAGUGCAACACGAUUGCGUGGUUUGCUAGCUUGUUCCGAAAUAAAUAAAACAACAGUGAAUAGUAAAAACACAAGGUUUAAAAAAGCAGCACUUGGAAAUGUAACUUCAAUUUUCUUUGAAGGUUAUAUACGAUGCGUACCCGGGGAUUAGUUUUUUGGUUAAUCUUGAGCUUUUAUCGGAGUGCUGCCCUCGCCGAAGAUGCCGCCACAGAAAAAAUGAAAUCUCGAGACUUCAAGAGUACUUAUUCGGCCAACGACUUACUCCUCAGUGACAGCUCCAUGAACACCUGCAGCAUUGACGAUUUCGCCUGCCUCACGAUGGCAGCCAACGACAGACUAGGGCUUGAAGCGAUCAAAACCCUUCAUCAGAAAUUGGACGACGACGCCAACGGCAACGUAGACCUCACGGAAUCCGAUGACUUUCUCAGAGAGGAAUUGCAAUACGACUCGGGCUAUGAACGACGACAAAAAGCCUUCCAUCGCAAUGAUGACAUGCACAUCUCUGUCAAAGAAUUGUGGGAAGCCUGGUUGAAGUCGGAAGUGCACAACUGGACCGUUGAACAAACCACAGAUUGGCUCGUCUCCUCGGUUGAUCUACCCCAAUAUGUUCCUAAUUUUAUCUCACACAAAGUCACUGGGGCUAACUUACCCAGAUUGGCUGCCAACAAUAUUAACUAUCUUAACCAUCUCGGAAUCAAGGAUCCUAUACAUAAGCAAAAAAUCGUCCUCAAGGCCAUGGACGUGGUUCUUUUUGGCCCCCCAAAGGACGGCCAACCGCAUUGGAAGGACCUUACCUUGAUCGUCCUUCUCAUCGGUGGUGGAAUAGGAGUUUGGUAUGCUUUCCAUCAAAACAAAAAAUUCAAAAACCACCUGAAUCGAAUGAACCGUGACAUGGACAGUUUACAGAAUGCGGAAAAAGCACUAGAAAAUUUACAGAAAGAACUCGAAGAAGCCAAACAAGCACAAGAAAAUGUGAUUACCGAAAAACAGAAUUUAGAAAAGAAAUUACAAGAUUCGAAAACGGAUCUUGAUUCAUUGCCAUGUUCCGAUUUGGAGGUGAACCAACUCAAGGCCGAAAUCGAGAUGCUGAGGACCGAACUGCAAAUCGCUGAAGGGGAACUGAAGGACAGGUGCUGGUCGCCGCCUCCGGGACUCCAACAGUGGCUGCAACUCACUCACGAAAUUGAAAAUAAAGGCUACAUGAAGAAGAAAGCAUCGGCGGAAAAACAACUGCAGCAAGCGAGAGAGGCUUGUGAGAAAUUGAGGAAGAAGAGGUCGAGUCUUGUUGGAGCUUUCGUCUCAACUCACGGAAAAUCAAUCGAUGAAGUCGAUAGAAGCAUAGUCGAAGCUAGGACGGCUUUGAAUGAGGUUACACAAGAACUGCAAGAGCGUGUACAUAGAUGGAAGCAGAUUGAGAUGUUGUGUGGAUUCAGCAUCAUCAACAAUAACGGUUUGCAGUUUUUGGAAAACACCCUGUAUCGUAAUACUAACGGACGGGCGCUGCCAAUAAGAGGUCGCAUCAGCAGUCAAGAUGAUUUGGAUGACGAUACAGCCUCCCUCUAUGGUCACCAAGAUGGCGGUAUGUGUACAGGCCACUCAGAGUCGACAGCGCACCAUUCAUGGAAAGAGGGCGAUUCUUCAGGGAGUGAAACCAGCCGACAAGAGGAAGAUUCUCAUUCUGAGAGCAAACCGACUCCUGGAGUUCACUUUAUGGUGGGAGGAGAGAUCUCAACUUGGCCUGAAGAUUCUAGUAGUUACACUAAAAUUAGCAAAUUGUCUUCCAAUCCGCGAAGUAUUAGCAACAAUAAUAUCUCUGUAACGAGCAAAUCCUCGCAAAUGACCCGAUCGUUUUCACAAGAUACUAACGUAGGGGUCCUGGACUCGAUCAAGCCGAAGUCUUCGCAAUCCGAUACUUCGUUGGACGCGCCUGUGAAACCCAAACCUCUCAGACAAACGACAAUAAAAGAGCAGCCGUCGGCGUCAAUCGAAGACGACAUUUGUUCGACGGAUUCCUCACUGAUGGACGAAGAUAUCAAGAAGAAGAAGAAAAAACUGUUCGCAUUUGCAAAAAAGAAUAAGGGUAAAAAUGACUGAGGGCUGAAGUCGGCGUUAAGGAUGACUUUUUUUGUUAUCCCGAGGAACGUUAUACAGGGAUAAUGUACCUCAUUUGGUUCUAUUAUGUUUCUUUCUUUUUGUAGCAUACUAAUAGGUAAUUUUCAAUAUGUCAUUUUUAGUUUUCCUAGUUUAAUGCUUCUUUCUUGACGUAUUGAAAAUUCAAUUUUUCCCAAGGAAAGUUAAAUGAAAAUGUGCAGAUAAUGGUCUUCCACUUAACCUGAUUUAAUUAUUUUGUAUAUUUUGGACAAAUCCUAGGAAUGUUUUUGUUCCUUAAUUUCCAGUUUUAUUUAUUCCAAUGUACUUAGAAAAUCGUGACUGAACUGUCCGAAAGCGCCUAAGUGUACUUCAAUUAUUGUGAUGAUAAUUGUACCCUUGUUUUCGUUCUUUACUAAUCAUUGGACUUUACAGCAAAGUUAAAUUGUGAUAAAUUAGCAAACGAGAAUUUAAUUUUCGUGAAUUUUAUUUAGAUUAAAAAUAAAGACAGGGGUUAUACUCAUUUAGUUUAUUUUAUAAUAUUCAUUUGCAAUAAUUGAGUAUUCGUAACAUUGUUUUCACAUAGGUUUUUUUCAUAGCAGAGUUAUGCCACUUAAUAAAAAUAUACAAUUUGUAUUUGUCAUCAAUUAAUCAACAAACAUCUGGUUCUACCAUUACAUCGUUUUUAACAAAA